AUGAGGAAAGAUCCGGCAAAGCCGCGAGGCAAGAUGUCCUCGUAUGCCUACUUUGUGCAGACGUGCCGGGAGGAGCACAAAAAGAAGCAUCCCGACGCAUCAGUCAACUUCGCUGAAUUCUCCAAGAAGUGCUCCGAGAGAUGGAAGACCAUGUCCCCCAAGGAGAAAGGCAAGUUCGAGGACCUGGCCAAGCAGGACAAGGCUCGCUACGAGCGGGAAAUGAUGAACUACGUGCCUGCCCGCGGCGGAAAGAAGAAGAAGUUCAAGGACCCCAAUGCCCCCAAGAGACCUCCGUCGGCCUUCUUCAUCUUCUGCUCCGAGUACCGUCCCAAAGUGAAGGGCGAGAGUCCAGGCCUGACUAUUGGUGACGUGGCAAAGAGGCUGGGCGAGAUGUGGAACGGGACCUCAGCCGAAAACAAGCAGCCCUUCGAGAAGAAGGCCGCCAAACUCAAAGAGAAAUACGAGAAGGAUGUGGCAGCAUACCGCGCCAAGGGCAAGGUGGGCGGUGGCGCAGCCCCGGCAGCCAAAGCGGCAGCCAAAGCAGAGAAGGACGAUGACGAUGAUGACGAGGAGGAAGAAGAUGAGGAGGAUGAAGAUGAGGAAGAAGACGACGACGAUGACGACGAGUAG